GUUCACGCUUCUACCAGAAUAACAACAAACUUUCGCAUCCUCCGCGGUGCAUUCUGGGAGUUACAGUUUGUGCCACAUAUCCGUUUCGAACAGGCAACUUCAGUCCAGUCAGACCGAGUCCAGCGGCCGCGUCUGCCCUCUCCGCUACCGGGAUGCUCUCCCGGGGCUCGUCUUUCUCUCUCCGGGUGCUGUUCGCCGGAACUCAGCCGCUGAACUUUGGAAACAAGUCGUUCUUUUUGUGCGGGGUUAAACUUUAUCGGCUAACGAGGAACAGCUAGUUAAAGCGAGGUGAGGCGAAGAUUAGCUCCCCGAAGCUAACGAGCACAGUCAAUGAGCGGAGGACGGGAUGUUCCUCUGCGGGUGGCUGUGAGUUCACCUUUACAAACCUUUGCACCGGGUCCCUGCGGACGCUGUGUGUUGCUGUGAAGCCGCUUUCCACCUCUGCACCAUGGGGGACGAUGAGCACAGCACGUUCAGACUAUGAGGUUUCCAGGUCGUCUCUCAGAGAAGGUGUGUUAAGCUCAGCUCGUCGUUUCUCAUCCAGCCAAGAAUGUCCGACCUGGAAGGCGCCACUUCACGUUUCGGUUUCGAGGACCCGCAGUGGCUGUGCAUGGUCACGCUGUUCGCCGCGUCCCUGGUCACCCUGGUGCUGUAUUUCGUCCAGUAUGUCCAACAAAGGGCCGGGGGACACCGGCAGAGGACAGCCGAGGGCAAUGCGGCGACGGAGGAGGAAGCCGCCGCCGCGCUGCUGAAAUGGGCGCUGUCGCUGAGGAGCUGGAGGAGUCGAUGGAGGGGAGCGUGGUGCGAGGCUCUGAACGAGGAGUCGAGGAAGCGUGGGGGUGCUGUUCUGUUGACAUUUGAAGAGGAUGAUGUUGAAGCGUCAGAGCUCACGCUCAGCCAGGUGUCCAGCUUCAAAAAGUCUUCCAGGAGCCAGGCCACUUGCUGCAGUGUUGUCGGGGAGAAGCUUCAGUUCUCUCUCUGUGCGGCAUUGUCAGCCAUGGCUACAGCAGAUCCUCGUACAUACACAGUGUGUAUCGCUCCACUUGAGCUGCAGCUUGAUCUGCAGAUGCAGGAGGCUGAAGAUGAGAUCAAGGUGAGCUGGGGACUGUCUCACCUGGAGACAGCGGAGCUGCAGGUGACGCCCACUUUCACCCAGGACAAUGCCAACACUUCUAGUGUAGCAGCCAUUAAGGAGCAGCUGAGGCAGCUGUUAUCGGUGACGCGCCCCUCUGUGUUGCUGAACUGCAGGUCUGCUCAGGCCUCAGAGAUCAAGGAAGCCCAGAACAAAGUGGUUUCGCCCCCAAAACCCCCCCGUGCCCAUGACUGGAAGCUGCUGGUGAAAAACAUCCGUGUGACGCUCAAUCAGGAGGAAGAUGCUGCAGGCAGCAUGAAUCCUCUGUGUGUACUGCAGUUAGAUGAUCCUUCACAGAAGUUCAACACGUCUGUUUUGAAGAACGCGACCAAUCCUGCGUGGGACCAGCCAUUUAUCUUUGAAUUGAAUGGACGAUCAAAAGAGCUCAUUAUUCAGCUGAUGAAUGAUGGACAACCUCAACAGAAUUCCUUACUAGGUCAGGUGUCAGUGCCUUUUGAUCUUGUAAAAAAACAUCCCAAAGGACAGCAAACAUUUGCACUCAUGACCAAAGACACGGUGACUGGAUCAUUGACUACUGAGUUUACCUACCUGGAGCCCAGCGAGGUGAGGUCCUGGCACCCUCCGACCCCGGCCUCUAAUAAGAGGGUGGAGAUGGACCGAACGGUCAUGCCCUGUGGCACGGUGGUCACCACCGUCACUGCAGUGAAGAGCAAGCCAGGUCGACCACUCCCACUUGGACUCAACAUGGACCCUGCGCAGAAACCUGUGAUCAUCAAGCCCAAGCUGUCUCAGCGGCGUGUUUCAGAGGACGUGUCUAUGUUGGGGACCACGGUCAGCAAGGCCCUGUCCUCAUCUGACACCGAGCUACUGAUGCUCAACGGCACAGACCCGGUGGCCGAGGCCGCCAUCAGACAACUCCACCAGUCGGCCAAGCAGAAGCUCAAGUCCCCGGUGAAGAAGAGUACCAUCAUCAUCUCUGGCAUCGCCAAAACGCCCAUGUCCCAGGAUGAUGAGCUAGCUCUGAUGGCGGGCUACGCUGCUGCGAUGGAUGCCUCGAUGUCAGAGAGCAGCUCCACUCAAGAUGUGACCGUGGCGAUUGCAUCAGGGACCAGUAGCACUGCCGAGGUGUCGGAGCCCCAGGAGGGACCCAGUGGAAUAGGCCGGCCCCCAGAGGAGUGGGAGAGCCAGACAGGAGAGGAAAUGGACCAUAGCUCGCUAUCCAUGUGUGUGUCUGAGGCCAACUGCAAGAAGACUAGAGGCAGUUUCCUACGGAAGAGUGCCAAGCUCUUUUUUCGGCGCCGUCACCAGCGCAAGGACCCGGGGAUGAGCCAGUCCCACAAUGACCUGGUCUACCUCGAGUCUCCGGCCGCAGUGGAGCGCGCCAGCCGAACAGCCACACUCGGCCGCAUGCUCAGCCGCAAGAGUAAGAACAAGAGCAAAACCAACGGCUUUACCUCCGUCGGGGAGCCACAUGCGUGACCCCUCCACUCUCUUCUCACCUCAGUCACUCCCACAACAACCAUUACCACCCCAUCUAAAACUUACAUCGGCAAACCUCCUGGCUAACCAACUCCCCCUAAUGCCCAGCCUGCAUACUGGGGCUCCUGCAUUGUGAAUGGGAGAGCUGUGCAGAUGGAAAAAUAUCCUCUUUUACUGCCAUAUCCUGCAUAAGUGCUUCCUACAAGAAGCAGAUGUUCCACCAAAAGCAAUUGUGUGCAUGUGUGGAUGACCGUAUCCUGCCCUGGAUUGAUGGCAUUUCAGAGGAUAUCAUUUUGCAUGUUUCUGUUUAUCUGAAUUUUAUGCAAAACUUUGAAAUCGUUUUAAGUGCUUUUACGGCCUUGUUACGGACAGACGGGACUGGUGCGGGCCAUCGCUCUUUACCUCAAUGAAGAUAGAGAGUUAGCUCUCCCUGCUGUAAACCGUAACGUUUCCUACGGUGGACCAACGGGACCAAAGACGAAGAGCAGAGCGGUGUUUGUAUGAUUUGCACAGUUUUAGAAAACCUUUUAUUUAAAGUGCAAUGACAAGAGCUGCUCUUGUGUUAGAGACUCCUCUUUAGGUCUGAGUUGUGUUGAAAACAUUCACAAAGGGAGUUGAUCUGUUCACUGCAUGACUAGUGCAAGUGGGAGAUAGUGAUAGAACUACUUAUUGACACUAAAACUAUGAAGUAGGGUAUUUAAAUCAAACUUUUUCUUUUUUUCUAAAACAUUUAAAAUCCAUGUUUUAUUCCAAAUCAAUAAUUAACAGCUGUAUGUCAUUUGCAUAUAAAAGCUAUAAGUUAUAAGCAUUAAGUUCUACAAAGUUAUCGAUAAAAGCAGAAGCCUUGUUUUUAACAAACAUAUCAAACCAGUCCUUACAAGUUAAUUAUGAUUAUCUUAUGCAGAGGCUGUUUGAUCGUUCACCACCACCCAUUUAAAGAAAACGUUAAAUUUAUAUAUGAGCUUUUUAUGUUUCCUCCCCUCUACAGUUAAAAAAAUGAUAUAUGCAUCUUUUGUCUGUCUUCCCAAAUGAUUCCUCCUGUACACUUCUCUUAUCAGCAGGAUUGUAAAAGGGAACAGAAUGAACCUUUUAUCUCUGGACUGUGAUAAUCCAUUUGGCCAUACUUGCCGGGUGACGCACUAAUUGAACUCAUUCUACGCUCUUCAAUCCAGCUUUUCAUCUGAAUGAAAUUUUUGUUCUCUCUUUUAAUUUUUUAAAAAGGAUGUAACUUUGAACAUGUGAACAAGAGAAAGUGUGAACAUGUUUGGGAGCAACCAGAUUGAUUUGACUCCUUUUUUUUUUAAUCCAGCUAAUGAUUGUAUUUUUUUCCAUUGAAGACAUUUCUGCACAUCCUGUACUACUGUUUCUUCAGUUAGGUAAUGUGCUCAGAAUCCGAAUCAACAGAUUGCCUUACAGAUAUUCUGAGGAUGUUGAAGUGGACGUCGGCUUGUCCUACACUUGGACUCAGUGUCACUUUCGUGGUCUAGAGGCCGCAUGCACCAUCAGAGAGCUGAGGGACGGCAGCGAGCUGUUGGGAUAGCGCGCCACCAAGUUCCUGCAACAUCAGCAAUGUCUAUAAUCAAAAAGCCUAUGCACAUAUCUGUUAACGGAGUGUUGUCAUCAAGAAGACGACUUGAGAAUUAAUAACACUCACUGUCCAUGACUGCGCUCUCCUGCGGACACAGUUGUGUCUUUGUAUUUACAAGGCAGACAUCUCAUCGCCUGCUCUCCAUCGACCAUAUUCUGUUCAUAGAUAUAUAUAUAUAAAAAAGCUAAGAUUCAGGCUGAAUAACAUCCUGUCAAAAUAAAACGGGUCAUUUUAAUCAUGAUCAGCUUCCGAGCCGUUGCUUCGUGCAAGCUGUGGGUGCAGUUCAGCUUUCAGUGAGCAGUAGGGCUGUCUGUGAUUAAUAAACUGCUUCCUGAUGUUUUCUUCA